AUGACCCUGCUGCAGCAGGAGGAUCACAAGUCCAAGGGCCUGCUAGUCACCUGGGUCCCCGAGGGCCUGGAGCAGGCAGACAGGAAGCCCUCCCGAAGCCCCCGUCCUGCCCUGGGCAGGUUCAGGCUGAGCAGAGGGAGUGCCCAGAGGAAGGAGCCGGAAGCCAAGGCCACCCUGGUGGAGUCUGUGGAGGACACGGGUCACGCUGCCAUCCCCAGGGAGAGGGGCAAGGAGCAGGUCUGGAGGGUUCUGUGUGAGGACCGGGCGCAGGACACAGGAGUCCUGGGCAGAUGCAACUCCUGCUGCAGGACGAGAGGCCCAGAGGCCUCCAGGGAAGGCCCAGCCCUCGCUCUGGGGAACCCAGGCUCAGGGACAGCACAGGAGGCAGGGGAGGUCAGCCCCUUGGAGGGCAGCCAGCAUUGCUUGGAGGGUCAGUCUGGGUGGCAGGAACAGAGGUUGACCCGGAAGGGCAAGAAGAGGAGUCAGGGAUGGCGACCUGGAAGGAGUGGGUCUGAGGACUCCUUGGGGAGCCUGGGCCUGGUGAUAGCGGGGGACCUGAGUGGAGAUCAGGAUCCCAGUGCCUCAGGCCCAGCCGGGGAACUCAGUGGAAAAUGGGCCUUCAGGGGUGGGGAUGGAGCUGGACCCCUCAUGUUCUUGGCUGUGAUCACCUUGACAGACAAGCCAAGAGGGACUGCACCCCCGAACCCUGGGGUGCAGUGGACCUGCUUGAACACCAAGGAAGACAAGAGCAGAGUCCCCGACUUAGUGGUACUGGCUGUGAGAGACAUGUCCGAGGAGGAACUCCAAGGGGACGGGAACCUUCUGGAAUGCAUUUGCAUGGCUGAGUCAGAGAACCGCCCCAAGGAGAAGAAGGCUCCGCGUGGCCUCCGAUGA